UCUGAUUGCCUAUUUUCUCGCGAGAUUUCACGGGAAGUUGGGCAGAGCGGUGCUUGAGUGGUGAAGUCCUUGCUAAAUAACGACGUAUAACUUUGAGAACUUCAAUGUGAAGUCUUUUCAGCUUAAUUUGGAUACGUUGAUUGUAUAUACACGCUGCCGCUAUCAUGAGUAUACUUGCCAAAAUAUCAGAGAUUGAAAAUGAGAUGGCCAGGACGCAGAAGAACAAGGCCACAGCUCACCACUUGGGUUUGCUCAAAGCACGUCUGGCCAAACUGAGAAGGGAGCUCAUCACACCAAAAGGAGGCAGUAGUGGGGGAACAGGAGAAGGAUUUGAUGUAGCAAAAACCGGUGAUGCUCGCAUUGGCUUCAUUGGUUUUCCUUCAGUGGGAAAGUCUACACUGCUGACCAACCUUGCGGGUGUUUACUCUGAGGUUGCUGCCUACGAAUUCACGACUCUUACGACAGUACCUGGAGUCAUUCGCUACAAAGGUGCCAAAAUUCAGCUCCUGGAUCUCCCAGGAAUCAUUGAGGGGGCCAAGGAUGGCAAGGGCAGAGGCAGACAGGUCAUUGCAGUGGCUCGUACCUGCAACCUUAUCCUGAUAGUGCUCGACGUGUUGAAACCUCUUCUUCAUAAGAAGCUAAUAGAGCACGAAUUGGAGGGCUUUGGCAUCCGACUUAACAAGCAACCACCCAACAUUGGCUUCAAGAAGAAGGACAAAGGAGGCAUCAACUUCACAUCUACAUGUGCACAAAGUGAGCUGGAUGCUGAAACAGUUAAGAGUAUCCUGGCAGAGUACAAGAUCCACAACGCCGACAUCACCCUGCGCAGUGACUCUACAGCUGAUGACCUCAUUGAUGUAGUGGAGGGAAAUCGGGUCUACAUCCCAUGCAUUUAUGUGCUCAACAAAAUCGAUCAGAUCUCCAUCGAGGAGCUUGACAUAAUUUACAAGGUGCCGCACUGUGUGCCCAUCUCAGCCCAUCACCGCUGGAACUUUGAUGACCUGCUCGAGAGGAUGUGGGACUACCUAAAGCUUGUGCGCAUCUACACCAAACCCAAAGGUCAGCUUCCUGAUUACACAUCUCCUGUUGUACUCCCUGGCGGGCGAACUUCAGUGGAGGAUUUCUGCUUGAAGAUUCAUAAAAACCUCAUCAAAGAACUCAAAUAUGCUCUUGUGUGGGGAUCAUCUGUGAAACACAACCCUCAAAAGGUGGGAAAGGACCAUGUGUUGGAGGAUGAAGAUGUUAUCCAGCUGGUGAAAAAAUAAAAGGAGUCUUAAUUCACCUCAUGGGCUGUGCAUUACAGUCUGAAGGUGUUCUGUACCGUUGCGCAUUAAAUCAUCACGCGUGUCCAUCACAACAUCUGUGUCAUGUGGUUCCCAGGUUUUUGUUGUAAUUAAAAACAAUGACCUGAAUCUGUGUUGCGUUUCAAAGAACCUGGUUCCUAUUUAAAAUUGGUUAAGACUUGCAUUCAAAUUUAAAAACAUCUGUAAAAUAAAAACCUAAAAGAAA